AUGAAACGAAGAUUGCGAAACAGGGAGGAAUACCACAUCAAAACUAACAGACAGAUUGGUUGUGUCGUGCUGCUGUGUGCGGACCCCGGCACCGUCAGGGAGAUCCUGCUCGCCGCCGAGGAGCUCAACAUGGUGGGCAGCGGCGAGUACGUCUUCUUCAACGUCGAGCUCUUCAACAGCAGCGAUGACGUGACGCAGCCGUGGCUGGUGCCCGGGGAACCCCCGGAGCGCAACGAGCGAGCGCGCCGCGCCUACGAGGCUCUGCUGACGGUGACGGCGGCGACGCCACACAGCGAUGCCUACCGCAGCUUCUCGCAGCAGGUGAAGGAGGUGGCGCGCGCCGACUACAACUACACCUUCGGCUCCGAGACCAUCUCGACGUUCGUAACGGCUUUCUACGACGCCGUGCUGCUGUAUGCCAUCGCCCUCAACGAGACUCUCUUCUACGGCGGUUCUGAGAUGGAUGGACAGGCCGUCGUCCGAAGGAUGUGGAACAGGACCUUCGCAGGAAUCGCAGGCAACGUGUCUAUUGAUGAGAACGGAGACCGCAUCACAGAAUAUGUGCUGAAAGAUUUGAAUCCCGUCACACAGCAGUUCGAGGUGAUUGCCAACUUUUAUGGCCACAGGGGUGUACUGCACCACAUCCGGCACAGAAGCAUACACUGGCCAGGUGGGCGAACGGAACCACCGCUGGACACCCCUCAGUGUGCGUACGAUGGAUCACUGUGUCCGGAUCUGUCCCUGCCGGACUACGCUGUGCUCAGCAUCAUCCUAAGCUCAGCAGUCAUCAUCCUAGCCGUGGCUUCCGUCAUCACGUACAGGCGCUACCGGCUGGAGGCGGAGAUCGCGUCCAUGACGUGGCGCGUCCAGUGGCACGACCUGCUGCUGCUGUCCCACGGCCGCACGCGGGGUAGCCUCACCAGCUUCGGGAAGCGGCGCGGCAGCCAGGCGACAAUCUCGGAUGAUGAUUUCAGCAUAGGUGAUGGAAACAAGCAGAUGUACGUACAGACAGCUAUCUAUAGGGGCUCGAAAGUUGCUCUUAAAGAAAUAAACAAAAAGGUGGAACUAAACAGAGCUCUCCUCCUCGAAUUAAAGAGGAUGAAGGACCUGCACCACGACCACCUGGUGCGCUUCCUGGGCGCCUGCGUGGACCCGCCCAACUGCUACCUGCUGACCGAGUACUGCCCCAAGGGCAGCCUGCAGGACAUCCUGGAGAACGAGCAGAUACAGCUCGACUGGAUGUUCCGCUACAGCCUCAUGCACGACAUCGUCAAGGGCAUGAGCUACCUGCACGCGAGCGACAUCCGCUCGCACGGCAACCUCAAGUCGUCCAACUGCGUGGUGGACAGCCGCUUCGUGCUCAAGAUCACCGACUUCGGCCUCCACUGCCUGCGCGGAGGCGUCGGCGACGAGUCGGAUGACCAGGACUCGUACGCCUACUGGAGGCGACUCCUGUGGACGGCUCCAGAGCUGCUUAGGAUGCCGCAGCGGCCGCCGGAGGGCUCCCAGAAGGGAGACGUGUACAGCUUCGCCAUCAUCGUCCACGAAAUAAUUACCCGGCAGGGACCAUUCUUCGUCGCCGACAAACAUUAUACCCCAAGGGAGAUCGUGCAGCGCGUACGCGCGGGAGACCGUCCGAGCUUCCGUCCGUCGCUGGAAGGCGGCGCUGGCGUCGGUGCUGGUGGCGCGGACGGCGGCGGGCAGGCGCAACUGCAGCUGCAGCGGCUGCUCCGCCAGUGCUGGGCCGAGGAGCCGCAGGAGCGGCCCGACUUCAGCUCGCUCAAGGGCGCCAUCCGCAGGCUCAACAAGGAGAACGAGAGCGGCAACAUCCUGGACAACCUGCUGUCACGCAUGGAGCAGUACGCCAACAACCUGGAGGCUCUGGUGGAGGAGCGGACGUCCGACUACCUGGAGGAGAAGCGAAAGUGCGAGGAACUGCUGUACCAGCUGUUGCCCAAGUCGGUGGCGAGCCAGCUGAUAAUGGGUCAGGCUGUGAUAGCGGAGACGUACGACAGCGUCACCAUCUACUUCAGCGACAUCGUCGGCUUCACCGCACUCUCAGCCGAGAGCACGCCAAUGCAGGUGGUGGAUUUGCUGAACGAUCUCUACAGCUGUUUCGAUUCAAUCAUUGAAAAUUUCGACGUAUACAAGGUGGAGACCAUCGGCGACGCGUACAUGGUGGUGUCGGGGCUGCCGGUGCGGAACGGUACGCUGCACGCCCGCGAGGUGGCUCGCAUGGCGCUGGCGCUGCUGCAGGCCGUGCGGGGAUUCACCAUCCGCCACCGGCCGCACGACCAGCUCAAGCUGCGCAUCGGCAUCCACACAGGUCCCUGCGUGGCGGGCGUGGUGGGCCACAAGAUGCCCCGCUACUGCCUCUUCGGGGACACCGUCAACACCGCCUCCCGCAUGGAAUCCAACGGCCUGCCUCUGAAAAUACACGUUAGUUCUGACACGAAGAAGCUGCUGGACACAUUUGGAUUCUUCCAUUUGGAAGAACGAGGAGAAAUAGAACUCAAGGGCAAGGGCGUAAUGAGGACCUUCUGGCUGCUCGACGAAGUGCCGGCGGCAGCGAACGGGCCCAUUAAGCGCAUCCAGUCUGGCAGCUUCAAGACGAGGGGUGAGCGGCUCUGA